AAAUUUUUCUUAUUUCUGCUCGCUUUUAUUAAUUCUGAUGUGGAGGUAGAUGGUUUUGAACCAUAGGAACUCCGAAAUUUUUAAAUCAUUGGCAUUGGCCUGAGUGCAGUAGAAACCCAGUAUCAUACAAAUUAAGUAUCUAAGAGAAGCCUUAAUAAAUAUCGCGUUUACUGCUUAUUCAUAAUAUCGCCAAAUCCCGUAUACUCUGAAUAAAAUGAAUAAAAAAAAAGCAACUGAUAUGAAAGAUGCCAAAGUUGUCUGAAUGGUUGCCAUUUACAUUUCCUUUAUCUAUUUUGCGCAAAAUUGCGGCACUGGGAAUUAAUAUGUAUUAAAAAAAAAUCCCGUGAAUGUAUAUCAUGCACUUACCCUUAAGUAUUUAACACACAUCUCAAAAAGAUAAAAGAGUUUAGAAUUUGCACAUUUUUGGGGUUUUAACCUGAAGUUUAAUUUUCUCUUACGAGCAACAUCUUGAGUUAUUGAUUUUGUGUGAGUUUCACUUGCACACAUGAGCGUAUUCACCAUUAACAUUUCACUUUCAGAUGUUAUAUCUAAACCGCUUUAGUAUGGGGACUAAAAGACGAGUAUUAUUGCUAAGUUGUGGCUCUUUCAACCCCAUAACUAAUAUGCAUCUUCGAAUGUUUGAGUUAGCAAAAGAUUAUUUGCAUAAAACUGGAUUAUUUGAAGUUGUUGGUGGUAUUAUUUCUCCAGUAAAUGAUGGAUAUGGCAAGAAAGAAUUGAUUUCUGCAAAACAUAGAUGCAAAAUGGUAGAACUUGCUCUUCAAUCAAAUGAUUGGGUGAAGUUAGAUCAUUGGGAAAGUGAACAAGAUGGUUGGAUUCCAACUUUGAAAGUUUUAGAACACCAUCAAAAUAAUCUGAAUCCAGUUACAAAUAUUAAUGAAUCUAUUUCUGUUGCAAAAAAGCAAAAGCUGGAUAUUGAAAAUUUUGUGAAUAAUAAUUCCCAAGAACAGCAUUGGGAUUCAAGUUUGCCUGUUUACGUUAUGCUGUUGUGUGGUGCAGACUUUCUCGAAUCUUUUGGUGUACCAGGUCUUUGGGAUGAAUCAGACAUUGAAAGCAUUGUUGGGAAGCAUGGAUUAGUUGUUAUAUCAAGAAAUGGUACUAAUCCACAGCAGUUUGUUUACGAGUCAGAUUUAUUGUCCAGAUUUCAGAAUAACAUCCAUAUUGUAACUGAAUGGAUUCCAAAUGAAAUAAGUUCCACUCAUAUUAGAAUUUUCUACAUGUGCUGCAUAUAUGUAGUACUUGGCAUCUGCAUAUAGGUAUGUGGAAGAAAGAAAAUUUUUUAGAAACUACACAGUACAGUUUAGUCACUUGUAUUGAUUCCGUUAGAAAUUGUGAGCAGCUAGCAUUAUCUAUGUGUGUGUGUGACAUGUUUUCUUGUUAUUCCACAAUA